CUCGUUCUCGUUUUUUGUGAAAUUGAGAAAGCACAUCAUAAUAAUGGGUGGGUGGGUUGAAGAGGAAGAUUGGUAUAGCGAAGAUAGAGAGUAAUUAAAGAUCCACGAGCUUUGUCUUCUCUCCGACGCAUAUAUUGCGAUUUUAGCGACUCCAGUUUCUUCUAAUUCACACGCCACUUUCUACUCUUUUGACUACUUGUCGACAGUGUUGUUUCAGCUUUCCUCGCGGAUCAAACUCCUCCUCGGGAUGAUGAUCAAAAGUUAGAGUUUUGGUGGGAAGACAAGAGUCUCGCCGAUUCAGAGAAUGCGGAAGAAUUGGGUACCGCGAUUGAUUUAAUGACGAAGAUGUUACACGAUCUGAAGGAGUUGCAAAAGAAGCAAAGAGAUCGUGUGAACGUGGAGGAGAAGGAGAAGGAGAAGGGUGGUUCACACGUAAGUCAUCAGCAGCAAACCCUAGAUCAUCAACCCUGUUCUUCAAGUCUGUGCGUUGAAGUAGAUGAUGUAUCUGUGAAUGUACAAGGGUUUUACAACAACAACACUGAAGAACAACAAACCCUAGCGGUUUCUGCCUACAACAGCAAUUUAGUUGGGAUCUUCAUUGAAGAGCUUGAUGUUGAUGCUCAAAUCUUUGAUAGUGAGACGGAAUCUGAAGUUCUAUGGAACAAUUUGGAGAUGAAUGAUUUAACUGUGAAUCUCCAAUGGUUUCAAAACAAUACUGAUGAAGAACAAACCCUAGCGAAUGACGACGGUUUACAUGAGAGCUUUGAUGGGUGCAAUCAAGAGUUUGAUGUUGAUCAAUUAUUUGAUUUUGUGACGAAACCUGAAGAUCUAUGGAAGGAUAUGGAGAUGCAUGAUGACUGUCUCUAUUGAUUUGGGAUAUUGAUCGAACUAAAACCGGUCGCUUAGC